AAAAUAGAAUAAAAAACGCAAACCCUGAGCGUGCCAGAAAUCGAAUUUGUGAAAGCAAAGGAAGGAGGAAGGUCGCAGUUUACAGCAUGAGUUCAUCCAACAUUAGAGAUCUUCAACGCGAACUGGAGAACAAAGCUAACGAUCUCAACAAGCUUCAAAAGGAUAUAGCGAAGAAUCAUCAAGUGAGAAAGAAGUACACUAUCCAACUUGGCGAAAAUGAGCUCGUUCUUAAGGAGUUGGAUUUAUUGAACGAAGACGCAAAUGUUUACAAGUUGAUUGGACCUGUACUUGUUAAGCAAGAUUUGGCUGAGGCCAAUGCAAAUGUCCGCAAAAGAAUUGAAUACAUUUCAGCUGAACUGAAGCGUCUUGAUGCCACGGUUCAAGAUUUGGAAGAGAAGCAGAAUAGCAAGAAAGAAACGAUAAUGAAAUUGCAACAAAAGAUGCAAUCUCUUCAGGCUGGGAAAGGGAAGGCAUAGUUAUGUCCUUGAUCGUCUGUUUACUGUAACUUAACCGUUCAUAGGUGGUGAAUGAGUUCUGUUCUUGUUUUAUUUUCCAAUGUGACUUUUGAUGCCAAAGAAAGAAUGUGGAAAGAUAGAAGCAAAGACAGAAACCACUCUAGUUUUGCUCAAACAAACAAACUUGUAGAUGGAUAUGAUGUUUAGCAUUGUCUCAUUAUUAUGGUUUAAAUAUCUCUGACACCUUGAAAUAUACUAUGUUUUUGUA